CGCCCGUGCCCUCCUUUCCCCCCCCUCCUGCGCUCCCCGACACAUCAUGGCGCUCUCCGCAGAUCCUUGCUUCCAGCGGCUGGCCGAAUGGCAGCGGGCCCACGCCGGGCAGCUGGUGCUGCGGAAGCUCUUCGAGGCCGACCCCGAGCGCUUCCACAAGUUCAGCGUGACCCUGAAGACAGAGAAUGGGGACAUCUUGGUGGACUAUUCGAAGAAUCUUGUUACAGAAGAAGUUAUGAAGCUGCUGGUGGAACUGGCCAAAUCGAGAGGCGUUGAAAAAGCUAGAGAGCAAAUGUUCACUGGAGAAAAAAUCAACUUCACUGAGAACCGAGCUGUGCUUCACAUCGCUCUCCGGAAUCGCUCCAAUACUCCAAUCCUCGUUGAAGGCAAAGAUGUUGUUCCAGAAGUCAACAAAGUAUUGGAGAAGAUGAAGAAUUUCUGUCAGAAAGUCCGUAGUGGAGACUGGAAGGGCUAUACUGGAAAAGCCAUCACGGACGUGGUCAACAUUGGCAUUGGUGGUUCUGAUUUGGGGCCCCUCAUGGUGACCGAAGCACUGAAGCCUUACUCCAAGGGAGGCCCUCGUGUUUGGUUUGUGUCCAACAUUGAUGGCACCCACAUGGCCAAAACUCUGGCGGAGCUGAAUCCCGAGACAGUGCUCUUCAUCAUUGCCUCCAAGACUUUUACCACUCAAGAAACCAUCACAAAUGCUGAAACUGCCAAAGAAUGGUUCCUUCAAGCUGCUAAAGAUCCUUCUGCUGUGGCCAAGCACUUUGCUGCCCUCUCUACCAAUGGGCCUAAAGUCAAAGACUUCGGAAUUGACACUGCAAAUAUGUUUGAGUUCUGGGAUUGGGUCGGUGGACGUUACUCGCUAUGGUCGGCCAUUGGCCUCUCCAUUGCUCUGCAUAUUGGUUUUGACAAUUUUGAGAAACUGCUGGCAGGAGCCCAUUGGAUGGACAACCACUUCCGCUCAGCUCCCUUGGAGAAGAAUGUCCCCGUUCUGCUGGCGAUGUUGGGGGUCUGGUACAUCAACUGUUACGGCACAGAGACCCAUGCGCUGCUGCCCUAUGACCAGUACAUGCACCGCUUUGCUGCUUACUUUCAGCAGGUGAGGUGACUCCUUUGUGUUCUCUAGCAGAAGGGGUUCUCGCAUGGAGAGGGGGGUUGAGGGCCAUGCUUCUUUGAGGGUGGUCCUGAAGAGUGCUGUACUGCAGCCAUUUCAGCUGACUGUUAGCUGCAGUUCAGCGGUUCAAAUCUCACCGGCUCAAGGUUGACUNGACCCGUCCAAUUUCCUUUGGAAUAGGGGAAUUUCAGGAAGAUUCUUCUGGCCAACUUUCUCGCUCAAACAGAGGCAUUAAUGAAAGGGAAGACGACAGAGGAGGCCCGCCAGGAGUUACAAGCCACUGGACUAAGUGGAGAGGCUCUGGAGAAGCUCCUUCCACAUAAGGUCUUUGAAGGAAACCGCCCAACCAAUUCCAUUGUCUUUACUAAACUUACUCCAUUCAUUCUUGGAUCCUUAAUUGCAAUGUAUGAACACAAGAUCUUUGUUCAAGGAAUUGUAUGGGAUAUUAAUAGCUAUGACCAGUGGGGUGUUGAGCUUGGAAAACAAUUGGCCAAGAAAAUUGAGCCUGAACUGGCAACUGAUGCACCAGUCACCUCCCACGAUGGCUCAACUAACGGGUUAAUCGCCUUCAUCAAGAAGCACCGAGCCUGACCGCAACAGGCUUCAUGGCUGAUGCACAGAUCAGUGUUGUAGCUGCUGCUUUUGUUAGCCACUUCCCAGGCCAGACUUCUCAAGAGUUCCAGCCUCAUUGUUCUUCAUGGUUAGCUUUGUUGUAUCGGAAGCAGUGUUUGUAAAGGAACCCUUACAAAAUCUAGAAACUUGACCUAGUGACUGUUUCAUGGCAACUGUGAUGUGUAGAGCACCGCAUCCCUUCCGUGUCAGUCCCCGUGCUUGGCCCUGCUGCGGAGACGGGGGCAGCCUGUAGAAGGUGGUUAAACCUUUUCCGUGUUGUCUUGUGAAGACCCAGCCUUACAUGCACUGAAAUAAACCAGAAUUAAUCAUCACA